AUGGGCCAGGUGAGCGGGAGCGAUGACGCCCUGCUGCUGGAGUUGGUGGGCAUAUCGGUGGAAUACGGCGCGGUACGGGCGUUGGACGACAUAUCAAUGGGCGUCCGAAAGGGUGAGGUGGUUGCCGUGAUGGGGCCCAACGGGGCUGGCAAGUCCACCGUGCUCAAGGCCGUGAUGGGGUUGGCGCCGGUGGUUUCCGGCCAAGUUUACUGGCGUCAGCGACCGCUGGCCGCCGCAACCCAUGAGAUCGUCAAGGAAGGUAUUGCAUUCGUGCCCCAGGGCCGGCGGGUGUUCACGCACCUGACCAUCACCGAGAACCUGGAAAUGGGCUGCAUCUACCUCAGCGACCGGGCGGAGAAAGCGCGGCGUCUGGACUCCGUGAUGGAGCUUUUCCCGGUCCUGCAUGAAAAGCGCCGGGAUAUGGCCAGCGCCAUGUCCGGCGGGCAACAGCAGAUGCUGGCCCUGGGUCGCGGGUUGAUGGGCGCGCCGGAAGUGCUGCUACUGGACGAACCGACGCUGGGGCUAGCGCCCAUCAUAGUGAAGGAAGUCUUUGCAAAGGUUGCGGAGAUCAGCGAACGCCUGGAUACCACCAUCAUGGUGGUGGAGCACAACAUCAAGGGCGUGCUGGACAUCGUCGACCGGGCCUACGUGCUAGACAAGGGCACAGUAGUGCACAACGGCACGCCGGAGUCGAUACGGGAAACCGACAUUCUGACGCAGGUUUUCCUCGGGAGGGCGUAG